GGGAGCGCGCCUCCACUGCCGCCAUCGCCGCCCGCGCACAGACAGACAGACAGACAAUGGGAAGGAAACACAAGAAGCACAAGUCGGACAAGCACGUGGCCCAGGGAUACACAGAUAAGCCUUUAAAGCUGGUGCUUAAAAUGGGUGGAAGCGAGAUAACAGAAUUGUCGACGGCGAGUUUGGGUCAUGACUCCAGUAUAAAUGAAGAGAAAUCCGAUCAUGAUAAACACAAGGAGAAAAAGAAGAAAAAGAAAAAGAAGACUGAAAAGGAGAAACGUACAACUCCCGAUGAGCGGAAAAGGAGAAAGGAUGAAAAGAAAAGACGGGAGAAGGAGCCUUCUGCGAGUGAACGGGAAGAGGAGGAAAGAAGCCGAUCUCCUGCCCGGUUUGAAAUGCCACAAGAUCGACACAUGGUCUCUCCUUUAAUAAAGGUGGAAGAACAUCAAACUCCUUUCCAAGAAUUGCUCUACCAACUUUUACGACAACUUCAGAGGAAAGACCCCAAUGCAUUUUUUUCAUUCCCAGUUACUGAUUUUAUCGCCCCUGGGUACUCACUGAUCAUUAAGCAGCCAAUGGACUUCAGUUCAAUGAAAGAGAAGGUGAAGAAAAAUGAGUAUCAGAACCUUGAGGAAUUAAAGGGAGAUUUUAAAACGAUGUGUGAAAAUGGCAUGACCUAUAACAGGCCGGAUACCAUUUAUUACAAAGCUGCAAGAAAGUUGUUACACUCAGGGAUGAAAAUUCUCAGCCAGGAGAAGAUCCAGAGUCUGAAGCACAGUAUAGAUUUCAUGCAGGAUCUAGAGAAAUCCCACAAGCAGGGAGAGAAGCUGAGAUCGGGAGAGGGCAGUGGGGAACACAGGAAAGAUGACAUGGAUACCACGUGGAAUACAAUGAAAAAUGAAGGAACAAGAACAGCUGAUCAGAAGAAUGAAGAUAGAAGUGCCCUGCGCAGGCCAGAAAAGGAGUCGGGGGAGGAUCCAGCAAGCAGUGCCAAAACCGUGAUCGACAAAGAACUGGAGAAGGUUGAUCGUGUUAUUGAAGAAUCUUCCGGAAAACUAACGCGGCGGAAAAUAAACGGCAAGUUUGAAUUCCAGAGAAGAAAAGUUGAUGGGACUACGACCCUGGGAAUCCUAAACCCAGUGGAACCUGAGAUGGGAGAUGUGAAUUACUGCCAGGUGAAGCUCGGUAUGAUGACAGGUAGAUUGCAGACUGGUAUCAACACUCUCCAGGGAUUUAAGGAAGACAAACGUAAUAAAGUUAUUCCAGUGACUUACCUGAACUACGGACCAUUCAGUUCCUAUGCUCCAUUCUACGAUUCCACCUGUGCGAACCUCAGCAAAGAGGAUUCUGACCUGGUCUACUCGACGUACAGCAAUGAAGCAAGUCUUCCUGGUUCCUUCAGUGUUCAGCAGUUUUUGGCAAGUAAUGAAGACUACAGCGUGGACAUGGUGGAUAAUUUAUUGGAUUCCCUGACUAACGGGGAGCAUUCUAAAUCACUGAAGGAAAUGGAGCAGGCUACAAAUAACAAUGGAGAUGAAGUGAUUGUUCUUCAAAACUCUGAAGACGUACAGGUUACCUCGGCAGAGACUUCGCGCGGUUGUGGGCGAGCCUGCGACACUUUUGCUUCUCUACAAUCACUGAUAAAUGCAGAGCCUGAAUCGGCAGAGAGUGAAAUGUUUCAAAAGAAGCUUGAUGAAACGACCAAAUUGUUACAGGAUCUUCAACAGGCUCAGAAUGAACGUUUCGGAACCCGGCCCCCAUCAGCCACGCUUUGCCUGCUCGGACCUUCGAUACGAGAGUUGCUACUGGCUGAAAAGUUAACUGGCAACCUGAAGGAACUGGCAAGUCAGGUGGCACCCGGAGACAUUACCAGUAUUGCUGGUAUUCGAAAGGCCAUGGGAAUUUCAAUCCCUUUGGAAAUGAUGGAUAGCUGUUCUACAGAUCCAUUGGUCGGAGCCAAAGGCAGCAACCUGGCGGAGGAGAUGGAAGUCACUGAGCUGUCCCAGUCCGAAACAGCCAACACCGUUCCCAGGGACAUUCCAGUAAUCAGAUAAUGUAGGAACGUGUUUCAUCCUAAAAACAUAAUCAACACAUUAAUGAUUUUGUAAGAAUUUUGCACUGUAAAGUGUUUGUAUAAUAAAUGUGGCAUUUUUUAAAAACUUUUUACUAAA